UGGAGGACUCUAGCUUGUACUUUGAUCUUAGGUCCAGUGUCUGACCAUCUUUUCCUCUCCCGUGAUCAGCUGAUCGUAUUCCUCCAUCUCCUCCUGAACGCUCAAGCUCACCCUCAAGUCAGUCUUGAGCCGUCCUCGUCCCAUCCUCAUCACAUAUUCUUGACUGUGCAGCCUGCUUCGCUGCCCAGUUCUUUCACACCACAUCUACCCACGGAUCUACUUUCUUUUGACACUCCUUUCCUCUGUGCCCUCCCUCAGUUCCCUGCAGCACUCUUUCUCCACCACGAUGCCAACAGAGAUCGGAGGGUUCAACGAAACUCAAGCUGCAGCCCUCUUUGCUCCACAAGCUAAUUUCAUGCUUGGAUGUCAAUUUGCAUCUCUCGUUCUAGACACCUUCUUAGGUGGUAUCCUGGUCAUGCAGGUUCACCAAUACUUUGCGUACCAGAAGAACGACAAGCUAUGGACUAGAUGCGUCGUUGGUUGGACAUUCCUCAUGAACAUUCUCGUAACAUGCUACUACUGGUCUUACAUCUCCUACCUGUUCGUCACCUACUUUGGAGAGUGGCUUCCCUGGCUGGAGGUUCAAUGGCUCGCCAAGAUGCCCACAUUCGACGUCCUAUGCGUCUCUGUUGUCCAGAGCUUUUUCGCCUAUCGCGCAUUCCUUCUGACUAGGCGAAACUGGUUUGUCUUGGUCAUCGCCGAGAGCCUCAUCCUCGCCGCAUUCGGUGCAGCCAUCGCUCUCACAGUCGUGUUUGGUUCUCAGCCUAGUCUACUGGGUGCAGACAAAUCGGGACCGACCUUGAUUACUUGGACAGCCACGACAACUGCUGCGGACGUCUUGAUCGCUGUUUGUAUCUUGUACGGGCUGCUCAAGUCGAAAUCAGGAUGGGCGCAUACCGACAGACUCGUGACUCGCUUAAUCAGACUCACAUUCGAAGCUCAACUUCCACCUACCUUCCUUUCCAUCGCCUAUGUCGUUGAGUGGGUCAUUCAACCUUCGUCACUCCUUGGAGCCGUCUUCCAAGCACUUCAAUGCAAAGCCUACACCGUUGGCCUCAUGUUCUCGCUCAACGCCAGAAUCUCCAUGACUUCAGAUGCCAAGACAUUGACCGGCGCACCACCUCAGGUGUUUGGCAUGUCCCAGCGACAAACAACGAAUCAUCUCGAAGUCGCCGUCGAGACUGAGACGUACAUCAAUUACGACCAACCUAGCGACAAGAAGACUGGCUCACUGUCGGAUUUCGAUGACGUUCAUCGCCCUCUCCCUUACGAUAGUACGGCAAGAUUGACGAGUCCUGACCCUACACACAUCGCAUGAGCGACGAGGCGUGUACGACUGGUUCACCUCAGGAAAGUCUACAUAUCUUCACCUUUAUCCUUGUCCACCUUGUUUGAAUUUUGUCUUGCCCUUCACUUGUACAUAACGACACCUCUUGCUGUGCACAAAUGUUAUACAUGACACAUGUGACUGAACGUC